GUAAGAAGCCAAGGUUACCCUUUCACCGAGGAGAAGAAGUUGGAUGAGUUUUGUGAGCCUGACCAGGCGUUUCCUCCUUUCGUCAGCUCACUCAGUGACAAGGAGAGGGUGAUCAACCUCUACCAGAUCUUUGUCUUUUUCAAUGCCUCCUUGGACAAUAUCACCAAAGACCAAGAAAGCCUCGGCGACGUCGAGUCCAAAGAAGACUUGCUACGGCGACUCAGAAAUACCACCAACAACACGGGGGGCCUCCUGUCCAAUCUCACGUGCCUGCUCUGCUCCAAGUACAAAGUCAACCACGUGGAUGUGACCUACGGCAACCAUUCCAGCACCGACAGCUUUGAGAAAAAACAGAAAGGUUGCCAGAUACUCCGGAAAUACACAAAAGUCAUCAGCCAUGCUGCACAAGCUUUGGGACAUUGUCGUCACAAGCAGACGUGA